UGUAGGAGAAAUACACGUACAUCAUACCGUAUAUAUAUCUGUGUAGCCGACCACAAAGGAUAGCAUACUAUCACUCAUCAUGUUCGCCACAUACAGCCCUUUACGCAUUGUUCUUUUUGCCAUAGCACUUGCGUGUCUACUCUCGAGUGCAACAGCAGUGAGAAAGUCAGAGUACACAGUCGAAGAAGUGCAAAAGGCUCGUGAUAGUGGCAAAGAUCUGUGUGAAGACUUUGGAGGCAUUAGUUUCUGGGGACACGAAGAUCACAACGAGGUCUGUUGUAAGAAGAACUGUGGCAAAUGUGGUGGCACUGGCUGCAACAGCCGACUGGGUAGCGGCGAAAACUGCUGUGUAUCCCCUAUUAUAGAUAACGCCAAGGAAUGCAAAGGUAAAGAGGACGCACCCUGUGUGCUGCCAGGACUUCCACUAUCCUGGUAGUAGUGAUGUCAACAGCCGCUGUGGUCGUGUGACUCAGACUCAACAUGGGGCACUUAGCAAAAUGACUUACCUACAAAACAACCCACAAAGCCGUCGUAUCCCGAGACUUGACUCUAACUCUGUACACCAGAUGACAAACACCGGACAGGAGUGGUUUACCCCACCUGAUGAAGACACAAGCUUGUACGUAGUUUGAUGUAGCCAAUAAGACGGCUUCCUCUCUGUGGUAUACUACCUGCUCGUGGUACCUACACAACUCCCACCGUGGCAUUCUGCCGUGGAAGUGCCCCUCCAGAUGUACUCAUCUGCUGCCUACUCUCCUGCGAAGCCUCGAGCGGCCUACAGCGUUGCGGGCGUACGCUCCUGUGGCUGCCGCUAGGUUUAUGCAGAGGCUAAACCCAACCCAGUGUGCGUUUAAAUAUGCCCAGGAUAGAUGGAUGUGUAUUUGGGCAUACUAGUAUAAUCACAACUGAUUGCGUUGCAAAUACAACAGCUUGUAUUGCUGUUUACGGCGACUAACUCAUGCGCGUCCCAAUUACGUUCAUAACAGCGAGAGUGAGAUACGAUACCAGCAGUCGUAGAUGUAUAUAGGGGAGCAGUUUAAAUAAACUGGGGUUUUAUGGUUUGUAGGCGAGGAUGAAGCAAUUGAGUUUGUGAAGAGUGAUGUGAGAAUAGCCAUAAGCCAUUAUAAGCAGGUCUCUUAUAAGAGCUAUGAGUAUAUCCACUCAGUCAUAAACCAUUACAAGCACGUCUCUUGUA